UGCUCUUCGAUCAUACAUCCAACACGGAGUCAUAUCUACAUUAGUGUUACCAUGGAUGCAAAACCCGCAAAGAAGAAGUGUGCAAUUCUAGGUGCGACCGGUGCAGUCGGGACCCGGUUUGUGCAGUUGUUGGAAAACCACCCUUCCCUUGAACUGGUAGCCGUUGGAGCAUCUGCAAAGUCAGAAGGAAAGCAAUAUGCCAGUGUCGUUCAUUGGCUGCAUGCGACGCCAAUCCCUCCCAAGAUCGCAGAUAUGAUAGUACGGCCAUGCACGCCAUCACACUAUUCAGACUGCGAAGUCAUUUUUUCUGGCCUAGAUUCAUCCGUGGCCGGUGAAAUUGAAAUGGCAUUUCUUCAAGCCGAGUUUGCUGUUUUCUCAAAUGCUGGAAAUCAUCGAAUGGAUCCACUAGUACCAUUGGUAGUUCCCACUGUCAACAUAUCACACCUUCAAAUGAUUCCCGCCCAGCGUCAGCAUUACGAACUACAGAAAGGCUUUCUGGUGUGCAACAGCAAUUGUGCCGUUGUUGGCAUCGUGGUAGCAUUUGCUGCCCUCCAAAAGUUGGGUUCUAUCGAUCAAGCCAGCGCUGUUUCGAUGCAAGCUAUAUCAGGCAGCGGAUACCCAGGCGUUCCGAGCCUCGAUAUCCUUGACAAUGUCAUUCCUUACAUCCCAGGAGAGGAGGAUAAGAUCCAAGCUGAAGCCGGCAAAAUUCUUGGAAAUUUCCAAAAGGAUCCAGAAGCCAGCAUUGUCCAUCAGACUGUUCCAAUUUCCGUCGCAUGCAAUCGUGUGCCUGUACUUGAUGGUCAUCUUUUAUGCGUUUCACUACGUUAUACGAGUCGACCUCCACCAAGUUUAGAUCAGGUUCAAGCGGCUUUGAAAGGAUACGUAUCUGAUGUUCAAGGUCUUGAUUGUUCUUCUGCUCCCAAGCGAAGUAUUGUUGUUUAUGACGAGCCUAAUCGUCCACAACCACGCUUGGAUCGAAACACUGAAGCAGGAUUUACAGUUAAUGUUGGCAGAGUUAGAUGUGAUCCAAGCGGGGUUUUUGAUUACAUGUUCGUUGUGUUAAGUCAUAAUACUAUCAUUGGGGCCGCGGGUGCAUCUAUCAUGAACGCAGAAGCGGCGAUAGCUCAAGGGUAUGUCUAGGGUUCAAUGCCCCGAACCCUGCACAACGUUAAUAGGUUGAUAUUGUCUAUCAAUCACGAGUUUUGACACAAAACUUAACGGUCAAAUCUCCGUCAGGAUGAGUAAAUGAGUAAAAUUAAAUGAAAGUCUUACUGUUCGUCCCUCAGCCAUACAAAGGUAUUCUCCGAGGUGGUGCCCUGACCAGCUUCAAAAUCUUCA